GAUUCGGUACAAAGGUACACAUAAUUCAGGGGACCCAAGGCGCCGAUACUUUUGAGCACCGCUUUCACCAUCACCAGAUCAACCCCCGAUUGUCAAGCCACGCGCAGCGGAGGUUAGGAGAUUGAGAGAGAGAAGAGAGUUGUUCGUCAGAGGUUAUUGCCUAUCCAUAUUUUGAUAUCCUCAUAUCUUCCAACUGCCUGAAACAGCAGUGUCGCUAUUGAAUAGCUGCCCCGCCAGGGUCAAUCUCGGCGCGCCAACAGCAACAGAUAGCCACAUCACAGAUCCAUCAAUAGGCGCCGACAAGUAUCACGGCCAUUCGCAUGCCGCCCUAAUGGAGCAGCCUCAGCCACAGUCUAGCCCGGGCACUCCGUCUAAGAUGCCUGGCACCCCGACGAGCACUACCACCUCCCUCUCGGCCCUAUCCACCACCGCCACGAAAGAUGGCCAUCGCGGGCAGUCGCUUUCCGGCCACCUCCAUCGCCGCGACGGCCACCCCCAAAAUGCGACCACUAAUAGUCUCGAGGCCGAGCGCGCCGACCGCAUCUCCCGCCUGACCGGCUUAUCAUCUGUCUCCACCCAGCGCGGUCCCGCCCCACACGGCGCAUAUGGCGGCGGGCCCGGCGGUGGGUCCCCCCACGCCUCCCCGCAGACGACGCCGACCUCGAGCGGCUUCCCCGCCAACGUCAUUGCCCAGAUCACCGCCGCGGGGCUCACCCCUGCCUACUUCGACGCCGCCGGCCAGCCCUUCGCUGUUACUAAGAUGAGCACCGUGGGUACCGCCUCAGCGACCGAGAGCGUGGGCGGCCGGACUACAAUUGGGACGGGUAUCGGCGACGACCACGACAUGGGCGACGCUGACGGCGACGAGGACAUGGCCUCGACCGAUACAAAUUUCCGGGGCACCGAGGCGGAUUCCGUCAGCGGUUACUUUGGCGGCGGCGGGUCUGGCGGCGAUUUCGACCCCAUGGACGAGGACAUGGCCAACCGGAGCGUUGGCGGAUUCGAGGAUCGCAUGUCGGACGACGGCAACGCGAGCCUGGUCGGCUUUGGCGAGGGCGCCGGCAGCACUGUAUCUGGCCCCAUCUACCACCGCCGACUGCCGCCGGGACAGGGGGGGCCGGCCAGCUCGCCCGGCCACAUGAGCAUCUGGGGACUGGAGAGGAGCGCUUCGGGGCUGAGUGAGGCCAUGGGAGCGGGCGCUAGACGCGAUACCGUCCGUGGACCUACAAGCCAAGAAGGCGUCAGCGGCGAGACCCCGCUCAGCACGUCGGCCGCCCUAGAGCGGCGCGACGCUCGCAUGGUCGACGGUGUCGCCACGGACGGCGCCGGUAUCGAGUCGGUGCCUGCGCGGGCCGCCGACGACGACCCGUACGUGGACACCACCAACAGGGGACCCGUCCCCGUGCGGGCGAACAUGAGUGCGAUCCGGGAGACACAGCAGCCGCACUCGCAUCAGCAGCAGACGCAGGCCCACUCACAGUUCCGGGGCUCCACCUCGCGAGAGGCGGCCGAGCGGAUCAUUAGGGAGAGACUCGACAAUGGCGAGGCUAGGGCCGGGAACGCGGCCCUCGGGAGCCCCAAGGGCGAUGGAAAACUCGGACGGUUCUACUUCGAGGACCGGAAGUGAGAGUCUCCUAUCAGGGUUGGUUGGGGUCGAGGUUGGAGUAUCCGGCGUUGGAAUUUUCCCACCCCCGAAUUUGCUUUUUUGGUCUUCUUGUUUUUUUGCAGGAAUGGCUUUGUGAGUUUCUCAUUGAUAUCACUCGGGGCGUUUGCUUCUUCCCACCCUUCGGGCGUUUUCCCCUGGUUUUUCCCUGGUUUGGAAUUG